AUGAUGCAUCGGAGAUAUGGACGGAGAUAUCGCAAGAAGAAUAUCGUGCACUGCAAAACGCACAAUUCAGUUGAGUUUCGUCGUCACGUAAGUGUCUAUGAAAUGGAAAGACCGAUAGUUACGAAUGACGAUUUGGAGGAAGAAGAAGGGUCAAUUUCGAAAAAAAGACAAAACAACACAAUCGAUGAUGGUGUUACUGGUGGAGGAGAUUCUGAUGCUGGUUUAGAUUUGGAUGAAAAACUCAAUAAACGUCUUAAAAUACUCGAUGAAGCCGAUGAGGAGGUGCAGUGUACGCAGGAUGAAGCAAAACUGAAGCGGUCCAACUCGGGCAGACUCGAUUGGAUCAGAAGAAGUUUCAACAAGCGGAAAGAGCGAAUGAAACCGGUCGUUCUUCCAUCAGAUGCUGACGAUGACGACAUUGCUGAUCGCACGAAAGCCACUCAAACUUCGUUAACCUCAUUUGCAGCUCUUAAUACAAUCUACAAUGCGUUUGGGGACAAACGAGAGCAUACAUGUGACUGCUUGUGGUUCAACGAGCGCAGGAGACAUCGUCUUCGAAAAUCUGUAUUCAGAAUGCAACAGCAGUAUUUUGAUUUUCACGGUAAGCAUUCAGUAUCAUUGCAAAUUGCCAUGGGCACUCAAGCGAAAACGUAUAAACAUUUCGAGAUCAUUUAG